AUGCCGAGUGCUUCAUCGCCCAUCACAUUUCCUGCCAGCUCCUCACCACCCGCAGGGAAGCGCGCGCGCCCAGCAGCGGCCGACCCGACAAAAUCCAAGCCGAAGGUCAAGAGCGGAUUUCUGCUUGACGAUGAUUCUGAUUCCGACAAUGACGCCCAGCAGCCACCAUUGAAGAAGCAGAUCCUUGACUUUGGAUCGCGCAGUCAACGACCAGCCCCUGUUACACUCACCCCUGACGAAGAGAUUCUCGAGCCAUCAGCGCCGGCACCCGCGAAACAGAACAACAGCGCUCCCACAGAAACAGAGCCUCCUCGCGCCGAACCGCCUCGAAGCCUUGCAUCUACAUUGUUGAGUUCUACACCGUCGAUUUUCAAGAGCGGGCGAACCUUCAAAGUAACGACUUGCACCGGCGCCUCUACAACGAUCAAGCAGCGGAAGCCGACUACCAACACUUCAUACGAGAACAUCGUUGCUGCGAGAUCUAAGACGAAGGAAGGGAGGGCGAGGCGCGCAUACUAUGGUAUCGAUAUCAAUGAGCUCAUCGACAAGGCCAAGAAAGAGGCCGCGGAAAAGCCCAAGCCGCAAAGGAAAGAGAACGAUGUACCUGUUCGGUCAGUGGAGGAGCCAGUGGUCGGCAAGCUUCAGAAGAAGACUUUGCUCUGGACCGAGAAGUACAGAGCCAAGAACUUCCUCGAUCUUUGCGGUGACGAUGGCACCAACCGCAUGGUCCUGCGCUGGCUCAAGCGAUGGGAUCCUAUCGUCUUCCCUGGUAUCGCAAAGAAGGCGCCCAUCUCGAGACGGCCAGGCGCGAAGCAGGGUCAGCAGGAGGAGGAAAAGCCACACAAGAAGAUUCUCAUGUUGACGGGCCCCCCCGGUCUUGGAAAGACAACGCUGGCGCAUGUGUGCGCGCGGCAAGCAGGAUACGAUGUGAUGGAGAUCAAUGCCAGUGACGACCGAAGCAAAGACGUCGUCAAGAACCGCAUCCGGACCUCCCUAGGAACCGAAAGUGUCAAGACGGUCGAGAACGUCAAGACCAAGGAUGGUGAGCAGCAGCAAAAGGUUGCAAAACCGGCUUGCGUGGUUGUCGAUGAGGUGGACGGUGUAGUCGGCGGAGCUGGAGCUUCAGGAGAGGGAGGAUUCGUCAAAGCCCUCAUCGAUCUCGUGUUGUUGGACCAGAAGAACGGCUCAGGAAUUGUGAACAACAACCGCAAGAAGAAGAAGGGCGACGACUUUCGUUUGAUGAGACCGCUUAUUCUCAUCUGCAACGACGUCUACGCUCCGGCACUGAGACCUCUCCGACAGUCAGGUAUGGCUGAGAUUAUCCAUGUUGGAAAACCCACCAUCGAUGCUGUUGUCACGCGGUUGAAGGCGGUCUUCGACAAGGAGGGCGUUCCCUGUGAGAAAGAUGCUGCUCGCAAGAUCUGCGAGGCCGCUUGGGGUAUGACAAGUGGUAUUGAUGCGAAACGAGGAGCCGAGAGCGGAGCCGAAGGCGAUCUUCGUGGCGUAAUGGUUGUUGGUGAGUGGGUUGCUGGACGUUUCAAGGCUGCUGCGAGCUUCAACGACAAGUUGACAAGGCAAUGGCUUGAGAAGAACGUUAUGCACGAUCUUACCAACGGCGCCGGCGGAGCAAGGGGUCUUGGACGAGGAAGCACGAAAGACAUCGUGUCACGCAUCUUUCAGGAAGGUGGCGGCUUCCCGAAACAAGCUUUGGACAGCACAUCGCAUCUCAAGCACAAGCAUGAGCAGCCCAAGGCUCAGCUGGGUUUUGCCGAGUACCACAAGAAGAACGCCAUGGAACGUUUGCGACACAUGGUUGACACCAGCGGCGAAGUCGAUCGUAUUAUGACUGACAUCUUCCUCGAAUACCCCAACCGCGAAUUCAACGACGACUCGUUCUUGUCCAAGCCCAACGAAGCUUACGAUUGGAUGCACUUUCUGGACACUUGCUCGUCAAGAACCUUUUUCAGCCAGGACUGGGAGCUGGCGCCAUAUCUAAGCCAGCCUAUUCUUGCCUGCCACUCUCUCUUUGCCUCGUCGAAAAAGUAUCAAGUCAACAUGGGCUACGACAAGAAGUGGGGUGCAGAUGCGCAGGAGAACGACGAGCCACCCGUGCCAUUUUCUGGUCCUCAAGCGGACUAUGCUGCCCACCAAGCAUUGAAGGAGAACAAGUCUAUGCUACAGGCCAUUCAGGCACAGCUCACUCCCACGUUGGGGAGGUCGUUCCGAAGCCCGGAAGAUGUCGCGACAGACUUCUUACCGUAUCUUGUUCGCAUGGUAUCACCAGACGUCAAGCCUGUCGUGAUUGGCGGCAGCGGCACGAGCACAGCAAGUGUACGAAAGGAUACCGAGAAGGCCAUGGUCAAACGCGCCGCGGAGAUCAUGGCGGAGGUCGGUAUCGAAAUGCAAAAGGGCAAGAUUGAGACGGAUUGCUUGGUGAACAGGGGGCCUCAGUGGGUGUACCGCAUGGAGCCUGACCUUGACGCACUUGCGAUAUACGAAACAGCAGGAGGCCUUCUCCUCUCCAGCUCCGCCCCAACACGCUACGCCGUCCGCCAAUGCCUCGAUCAAGAACUCCAAAAGACCGUCAUUCUCCGCGAGGCGGCCGCGCGACAGGCGCGCUUCAAAGCGGGCAACCCCAUGGGACUUGAGGAGGCCCCUGUGCAGGUGGACAAGGAGAACAUCAUUAAAGAGCAGGAGAAGGCUCUCGAGAAGAGCGUGAAGAAGGACUUUUUCGGGAGGAUCAUCCCGACGCGGCCUCUGGGUGAAGUGGAUCCGAACGGGACCAAGAGGAAGAAGCAGAGGGAGGAGACGAAGGAGGAUAUCAAGGUCUGGGUAACGUACCAUGAAGGAUUGAAUAAUGCGGUCAGGAAAUCUAUCUCUUUCGGGGAGUUUAUGAAGGGGUUGUAG